GGUUCGUCGUCACCCAGGCAUUUGCAUUCCGAGACCGGGCUUGAGGACCGUGAAGAAAACACUCGGUUCCACGAAACCAAGCACCAGUGAUUGCCUUACAGCAGUUGACAGAUGUCCAAAACCAAAAAACAAAUCGCGCCAUCACUCGGCAGUACCGUGCAGGGGCCCUGCCUGCUUCGUUCCAAGGUGCUGUCGCAGACACAAUCACGAUUAGGUUUUCGCUUGCUGGUACCAGGGAAGGAAGGCAGGAUCCGUCCAGGGACCAUUAGAUCCCUUUGGAAGUCUCGUUGGAUGUUCCCUGCGCGGCCGACAAAUCAAUGUCUGGGACCCCGGCGAGGAGGUUCCGGUGCGGCGCGAGGAACUUUUCGCAAUCAAUGUGCAGAGCAGGCACGCAUCGCCGCUUUGUCUGUCUCGACCCUGCAAUUGUACGACAGGCCAGACAGCCCGACACUGGGCCCGAAACCGAGACAACGUUGCCGUCAAUCUGGGUACUUCGCAUGUUUCCGGAGGGAUGCGCAGGAUGGCGGCAUCCUGCAUAACCUCGGGAUCUUGGUCAAGGGUUUCCUCAUGCACGACAUGUAUUCUGCUUCAGUCUUUGCCGCCGCACGCUACCUUGGCUCUGCCGCUGGCAAGGAACGGGUUGGGGAGAAAAAAAAAGCCAACGGUCUGGUGCCGUCACAGAGUCAUGAGCACUUGAAUGCAAGGUUUUCCGCUGUGCCCUCCACACCACCAUCCUAGCCAUCAAGAACGGCGACUAUUGACGACCUAGUGUUAAGGUUGUGCGUUCGCGCGCUGCAUCGUUAGUGCAGGACCAUCCCCACGGGAC